GGCAGCAGCACAAAGCAAAGUCGCUACAUUUGCUGCUCGCGCGCACGCACGCACGCACACACACUUGCUCCAGUGAGGAGAGGCGAGGGGCGAAGCAAAAGCAAACAAGCGCCGAGCACAGGAGCACAUCCAAGAGUCGUCAGUUUUUGUUUCAGCUUAUCUGAGCGCCGAGCCUCCCCGCCGACCGAUGUGUGUGUCGCCAUGCUGCGGACGCUGCCGGUACUGCUGCUGACUGUCAACUUGGCCGUGGGUUCGAGCUCCCCCGGUGACGUCCUCUCGCCGUCCUACAACAAAAGUAACAGUAGUGGCGUGCAGAGGCUGCCCGACGCCAUCAUCAUCGGCGUGCGUAAAGGAGGAACCAGAGCUCUCCUGGAGAUGCUCAACCUGCACCCUGAUGUGAAAGUGGCAAAGGCAGAGGUGCACUACUUCAACGUGGAGGAUCACUACAAGCGAGGCCUGGCCUGGUAUCGCUCCCAGAUGCCCUUCACCAAGCCCGGCCAGCUGACGUUGGAGAAGACCCCCGGCUACUUCGCCGCACCCCAAGUUCCGGCUCGUGUCUGGGCCCUGAACCCAGCCGCCCGCCUGCUGCUGAUCGUGCGCGACCCGGCAGAGAGGCUUGUCUCCGACUACACCCAGGUCCUACACAACCGCCUGGCCCGCCGAAAACCCUACCGGCCUCUGGAGGAGCUUCUACUCUGCAAGGGCCACGUGGACCCGGACUACAAGGCCCUCCAGAGGAGCCUCUACCACCGGCACCUGGCCCGCUGGCUGGAGGUCUUCCCCAGGGAGCAGAUCCACGUUGUGGACGGCGACGCCCUGGUCCGGGACCCUUACCCCGAGCUGAGACAAGCCGAGCGCUUCCUGGAGCUACCGACCCACAUUGGCCCACAGAACUUCUACUACAACAGCACAAAGGGGUUCUACUGCCUCUUGGAGGCCGGACGGGAGAAGUGCUUGGACCAGUCCAAAGGGCGGCCGCACGCGCCUCUUGACGGACUCGCCUUCAGAAAGCUCUGCCACUACUUGGCCAAGCCCAACCGCUUGUUCUUUGACAUGGUGGGUAGAACCUUUUCCUGGUGCUGAAGACACUGUGGACUUCCUUUUUCUUUAAAAGCUUUAAAGCCCACCCAUUCAGAGACAACACAGUCCACCCUGUUUGCCAUCGACUCAAUGAUAAGGAUAGAAGUGACUUUACAACCAUGCGUCCUCCAUGGAUAAAACUGUGUCAUAUGCAAAUGACCAAGCAGAUGGCGUUUACAAAAAAACAGGACAACUAGCAUUUAAAAAAAAAAAAUGACAAUACAACUACCAAACACUGGCAUUUGAUUAAAAACAUGACACCACAGCUGGAGUAUAUUUCAAAAGCUUAAAACACAGCUAGAAUUUCUUUCAAAACGUGACAAGGCAGCUUGCAGCUUUUCUUAAAACUUGAUGACACGGCUCGCGUUUGUUCAAAUCAUGACAACGUCACAAGCGUUUCUUUAAAGGAACUUUCUAUUGCUGUGAACAUUGGCACUUAUUCCAUAGUUCUGGACUUAAAACCAUUGUCUGUAUAAAGAAUUUUCCCCAAAAAAAUAUUUUAGGCUUAUUUUUACAUUAUUUGGUGGUUUUUAACAGGCCUGCCCGCAUUUGGGUCGAAAACCUGCUUGAGCUUCGUCAGUGCAAGAAGCAGCUGAUUUUCCCAUACUAGUUAAUGUACUUGGAUGGCUCACAAGCAAGCCUGGGGCGUAAUUGUUAUCUAUAUUCAAAGAAUCAGAAUCAUCUUUAUUUGCCAAGUAUGUCAAAAACACACAAGGAAUUUGUCUCCGGUAGUUGGAGCCGCUCUUGUAUGACAACAGACAGUCAUUUGACAGAAAAUACUUUUGAGACAUUCAUCCAUCCAUCCAUUUUCUGAGCCGCUUCUCCCCACAAGGGUCGCGGGCGUGCUGGAGCCUAUCCCAGCUAUCAUCGGGCAGGAGGCAGGGUACACCCUGAACUGGUUGCCAGCCAAUCGCAGGGCACAUACAAACAAACAACCAUCCGCACUCACAUUCACACCUACGGGCAAUUUAGAGUCUUCAAUUAACCUACCCUGCAUGUUUUUGGGAUGUGGGAGGAAGAAAACCCACGCAGGCACUGGGGGAACAUGCAAACUCCACCGCUCUAACCAGUCGACCACCGUGAUGCCCUUUUGAGACAUAAAAAGAUAAAAAUAUAAGUACAUGUAAGUACAGAGGGUCAGCAAUGAAAGGUUACCAGUAAUGUUGUAAUGCCGGUACUUUUUUUUGGAGAGUCCAAUUUAGAGCAGUUUGAAAUUACUAAUAGAGCAAUAGUCUGGUACAGGGACCAUUGUGCAAAUGGUGGAGUUACUUCUCAAGCACAUGUGUGGCCAGUAUUGGUCAACAACAGAUAUGCAAAAGUGCAGAGUGGCGAGACUACUACAGUGAGUGCACGAGUAAUGUAUAAUUGGUAAACAGAGAUGUGACAACAAUCUCAAUACAAAAUUGGCAGCAUUUUACAAUGGAAUUGUAAGUUACCCGUUUAAGAAGUUAAUGACAAGAGGGAAGAAGCUGUUGAAAUGUCUGCUAGUUUUAGUUUGCAUUGAUCGGUAGCGCCUACCUGAGGGAAGGAGCUGGAAUAGGUGGUGACCAGGAUGUGCAGGGUUCAAGAGGAUUUUGCUUGCUCUUGUCUUUGUUCUGGCAGCAUGCAAGUCCUCAAGGGUGGGUAGGGAGGUACCGACAAUCUUUUCACCAGUCCCGAUUGUUUGUUGCAGUCGGAGUUUGUCCUUUUUUGGGGCAGAACCAAACCAGACUGUGAUAGAUGAACACCAGGACUGAUUCGGUGACUGCUGUGUAGAACUGCCUCAACAGCUCCUGUGGCAGUCUGUGGUUCCUCAGAAGCCCCAGGAAGUGUAUCCUCUGCUAGGCCUUUUUGAGGACGGAGUUGAUGUUGGUCUCCCACUUCAGGUCCUGAGAGACUGUAAUUCCCAGGAACUUGAAGGUUUCAACGGUUGACACAGGACAGUUGGGCAGCUGUGGCGAAGGAUGCUUCCUAAAGUCCACGAUCAUUUCUACCUACAGUCUUGAGCGUGUUCAGCUGCAGGUUGUGUCGGCCUCACCACAGCUCCAGCCGUUCCACUUCCUGUCGAUAGGCAGACUCGUCAGUCUUUGAUGAGGCCGAUGACUGUGGUGUCGUCUUGAGGAGUUUUACAGCCAGGUGCGUUGAGGUGCAAUCAUUUGUGUAGAGAGAGAGAAGAGUAGCGGAGAGAGGACACAUCCUUGGGGUGCCCCGGUGCAUGUAGAUAUUUUUUUAGACAAUAAUGAGUGAAAAUAGUGAGGUUGGAUGAAUUUGUGUGGGGUUGUUUUGUUAGAAUCGAUCGCUGUAAAAGUGAUUCAUUUGUGAGCUGGUUCUUCGGUUGAUCGCUAACCUUUGAAAAACAGUUUCAGAAGAUGAAAACACAGGCGUUACCUUUUGUGAAGUUUUUGUAUCAUCUGUGGAGUCAUGUCACCGUUAACUUUGAUGGGCACUGCUGGCUGUCAACAUGGCGGACACCUGCAGCAAAGCUCCGUGUUUGUUCUUAUUUACGUUCGUACGCAUUUCAACAGGCAUAGAUACUUGAAAAAAGAUUUUUGGACGAUGAUGUUACACAGGCAUUUUCUUUUGUGACAUAUUAAAAGCUUUUUGGACGGUCAGGGGCUCGGCUGACCACAACAUUGAUGUGCAAUGACUGCAUAACAAAUAUUUUUUUUUUUAGCAUAUUAAAUUAGCGAUUGAACAUAAUUUUUGGACUAUAGUUGUUGCGCUCAUGUGAAACAGCAAGUGCAAUAGAAUAUGAGUACUUCGGUUGACGAGGCUUGUGAUAACCACAUGUGGCACCCACUGUGGUGUAUUUGUGAUUUUAAUUGAUGAUGCCCUAAUAAAUUUGUGAUAAUUCAGCAUAUUAAAUUUGUGAUUGUACAUAAUUUUGGGGUGCUAGCUGUUGUCCAUGUGAGUGCAAAAAUAUAUAAAAGCAAUAACGUAUGAUAUCAUCCAUCCAUCCAUUUUCUACACCGCUUAUCCUCACUAGGGUCACGGGUAUGCUGGAGCCUAUCCCAGCUAACUGGGGGCAGGUGGUGGUGUACACCCUGAACUAGUUGCCAUCCCACAGGAGCUGGAGCCUAUUCCAGCUGACUUUGGGCGAAAGGCGGCGUAUGAUACCAACUUGAAGAAAUUGGUGUUUGGAAACUCAAGCAGGCUGUUGUUUGUUUUUAAUUUCCUGAAAAGUUGCCAUUUUGGAGGUUGGAAUGGCUGGCUGUCUAAGGAUGACGAAAUACUGCCACUUGAUAGUGUAGUUAGUACAUUCCUUUUUUUUAUUAUUUCCUGAAAAUGUGUCAUUUUGGAGGUGGGAGGAUUCUGCCCAACAGUGAAUGUGUGACAGUGAGUAAAUACUGCAAACUUAUAGUAUAGUACAUUCCUUUGUCUUCACUAGCCGGCUAUGCAGUGAAUUUGGUCUUCUGCCAGAGACGUCACAUCAAGACAUGGGGGGUGCGUGUCGAUUUUGGCAUGAUCCAGGGGCGUUCCAAGUGCAAUUAUUUAUUUACCUAUUGCUCCAAAAUGGAUUAAAAUUAUUGGAAAUGACUGCAAGUUUCAUAUUCUUGAGUAAAAAAAUACACCAAAUCAACUUGUUAAUGAAAUAAGGACCAUUACAACCCCAUAGCGCCUUUAAAAUCCUUAUGACAAUGCACCAUUUGUUUAAAAAAAAAAAAAAAACUUACAAAACAAGGCAGCUAGCUUUGGUUUGUAAACAUUGCUAGCAUUUGCUCAAAAAAAAAAAAAAAGUGAAGAUCAAGCUCGUGUUUGUUUGAAAACCAACCAAUGCAGCUGGAGGGUGGCACUAGCAUUUCUUUAAAAAUGUGACAUGGCAGUAAGCAAUUGUUAAAAAAUGACAACAGCCAGCAUCUUUUUACAAAUUUGAUGACACAGCUAGCGCUUGUUAAAAACACGACAACGUCCCUAGAAUUUCUUUUUUUUUUUUUAAAUCUUGACAGCACUACUACCAUUUGAUUAAAAAAUCUUAAAAAAACAACACAGCUAGCAUUUUCUUGACACAACUAGGCAGUUAGCUUUGGUUUAACCUUUACCUUUCUCGCAUUUGUUUAAAAAACAUGACAAUGCCGCUAAAUGCAACUAACCAGCUAGCAAUUGUUUAACAAUGACAAGGCAGCUAGUGUUAGUUUAAAACCAUGACAACGAAUCUGCCGUUUUUUUUUUUUUAUUUUUUUAAAGACCUUAGAACACAGCUAGCUUUUGUUUAAAAAUGGCAUGACACAGUAACCGUUUGUAUAUAAAAAAAUAAUAAUUAUGCAAUUUUUUCCCCCCCCAAAUAGGCAAAAAGUAUUUUUGGUGAAAAAACAAGUGUUGAAAUAAUACACCGUUGCACUAAGAACCCUUGUCAAAGGUAAAUCAAGGUUACACACGGCGAACUUUUGUAGCUCUGACAUUUGUGCGUUAGUAAAACAUUUCUGUCUUUUG